AUGUCAACGUUUAUUAGAGGUCCAGUGUGUGGGAUCGAUAACUGUCCGUCGCAGCUAUGGCGUAUCAUAGCAGGGCGACGAACAUGUCAAUAUGGUCAUGUUAUGGAAGGUGAUGUCGAAUUUAAUGAUGACGAAGAUAAUAUGGCAAAUGCAGGUGUAAUAACUAGAAGAUUGAACCUUACUACAGGUGCAACGGGUAAUUUCCAAUCAAGUUUUAAUAAUUCGCAGCUAAAUCAUUCUCAAAAUGCAUCUAAAGAUAAAAAGGUUUAUGGUGAAAAAGCUCGAAAACUAUUCCUCAGAUCAUUUCAAUACAUCCUGCGGCAUCAAGUAAGUUGGCUUAUGAAAGAACAAAACUUCCCUGAACAGUUUGAAGAUACAGUUAAAAUUAUAUGGAUGGAGCAUCUGAAGAUAAUGAAUAAUGAUAGAGGAGAAAACAGUGAGUUUUUCAGUAAUGGAGAUAACGAUACAGAUCGUUACACCACCCAGGAGGACUUAAGUGAUUCUGGUGAUAUUGACUCUGAGCGAGCGUGGAGUUUCCAUGGAGUUACAAGAUUAAAAUUAAGUAUUCAUUCAAUGAUUGCCAUUCUGUACCUUGCGGCUGUUCAUUUGGGUCUCCCAGUAUAUAUUAAUGACUUCACACGUUUUAUCUGUGCAACAACAUUCCCAUACUAUAAAGCGAACCAUAUUUUACCAAAAGUGUGGAGAGAUAAGCUUCCCAAUUAUUAUUUAGGGGUGUUGAGUGGGAAAAAGAUACCAAAGGAUGGACAAUUGAUUAAUAAAAUUGUCUUCACCUGUACAAAAAUUCACUUCCACAGAAAAUUUAAUUGUGAGGUUAAUAUUAAAAUUUUGAUUCUCAAAGAAAUUAUAUCGAUAAAAUUACCGCCUGAAUUUUUUUUAUUUACUACAAGUAUUAUUCGAUUAAUUGAAGGAGAAGAGACGUUUUCUCUCCUUGAAUCUGAUAAUAUUACCUUCACCAGCUAUCAUCGUUUUCCAGAGAUACGAGCUAUCUCAUAUUUAAUCCUAGCUGUUCGAUUGGUAUUAAUAUGUGAUGAACCUUCUGAUGGAAAAUUCCUUUAUCCUACUGAUUGGAUAACGUCCAUCGUUGGUGGGAUUGAUUCCGGCACUAUGAAUAUCGAAGACCGUAUGACAGGUUUAUUUUAUCCUAGUUUGGAUGAUGAAACUACAUAUAAGGAUGAUGAUCCAUAUAAUUGGACUGAAGAUAGCACAUCCAGUUUUUUAGAUUGGGUAGAGAAAGUAUAUUUGAGUACUGGUCAACGAUAUGGAGAUUCGAAUGAAGAAAAUAAAGCUUUGACAAUUGAUCAAAGGAUUGCCAAAAGGAAAUUAGAAAAAAUUGUACCAUUAGAAUCGGAUUCAUUCCCACGAGUAUUUAGGGACUCGAAUCCAGUAUCAACCGUUGAAAAGUUGCAAGAAAAUUUCAUCAAAUUGUCUAAAUUAAGAGAAAUUGAUAACAUAAACGAGGAUAUGUCACACACUCAUAAUCACAGAUUUAAUGUUAUAUGUCAAUUGGAAGAAAAAUUGAUCCAUGAUAUAUCACCGCAAUUUGGGUUUUCUGACAUUAAAUUAAAAUCAGCCAUUCGUAUAAUUGAAAGGCACUGUAUCACUACAAUAAAGCAUAAGUGA